CUCUUUGUUGCCAUGCGUUCGAUUUAAAUUCUUAUUUGUACAUUUCAAUCUAUAAAUCUUUAUAAACACCAAAUAUGAUCAAUUAUGAUUCAAUUAAGCUUAUUCACACUAUCAUUAACCGAAUUAUAGUGCUUUUAUAUAUAUAAUUAUAGUAAAUCUCAAAAGUAUUAUAUAGUAAAUGAUUAUUUCUCCUCUUCUCCCCCACUAUUGGUCCUGAGAGGGGUAAAAGGUUCCAGUAUCAAAUCAAUAUCAUCUCGACAGAGGAGUGAUCAAGAUGGGUUGAACGGUUUUCGUUGCCAUUUUCUCACAAUGUUGAAUAUGAAUAUUUACUAUUAUUUUUCAUUAAUAUUGUGUUCUUCUAUUAAAUUAUUGUCGGCGAAUCAACGUGAUUGGCCAAAUCCGACUGUAUUUAAUAUCGGAGGGGUACUUAGCAGUAACGACAGCGAAAAGUAUUUUAAAGAAACUAUUGCUCACUUGAACUUCGAUUCGCAAUAUGUCCCGAAAGGCGUUACCUAUUAUCACACGGCCAUACUUAUGGAUCCAAAUCCUAUACGAACGGCUCUAAACGUUUGUAAAUAUUUAAUUUCUAGUAAGGUUUACGCAGUUGUAGUUUCCCAUCCUCUAAUCGGAGAUUUGUCACCAGCGGCUGUUUCGUAUACCAGUGGCUUCUAUCACAUACCCGUCAUCGGUAUAUCAUCUAGAGACUCAGCAUUUUCUGAUAAGAAUAUCCAUGUGUCAUUUUUGAGAACUGUGCCGCCAUAUUCUCACCAAGCAGAUGUUUGGGUGGAUAUGUUGAAACAUUUCAAAUAUAAAAAAGUUAUUUUUAUCCACAGUUCUGAUACUGAUGGAAGAGCAUUACUUGGACGUUUUCAAACAACUUCUCAAAGUUUAGAAGAUGAUGUCGAUAUUAAAGUUCAGGUAGAAUCAGUAAUAGAGUUUGAGUCAGGACUGGACAGUUUCAAAGAUCAACUUUUAGAACUAAAAAAUGCUCAAUCUAGAGUUUACUUAGUUUAUGCUAGUAAACAUGAUGCCAAGGUUAUAUUUAGGGACGCGUCUUUAUUUAAUAUGACCGACGCGGGGUACGCCUGGAUCGUAACAGAACAAGCUUUAGAAGCUGAUAAUAUACCUGAAGGUAUACUCGGUUUGAAAUUGGUGAAUGCUACGAAUGAAAAAGCUCACAUAAGGGAUAGUAUUUACGUGUUGGCGUCAGCUUUGCGCGAUAUGAAUCAAACCAAAGAAAUAACUGAAGCUCCUGAGGAUUGUGAUAAUUCAGGAUCGAUUUGGGAAACUGGUCGAGACUUGUUCAAUUUUAUAAGAAAACAAGUUUUGUUGAACGGCGAAACCGGAAAAGUCGCUUUCGACGACCAAGGCGAUAGGAUCAACGCCGAAUAUAACGUCGUUAACAUACAGAGGAAGAAGAAGAAAGUGGUGGUGGGGAAAUACUUUUUCAAUAAAGAAUUAGACAAAAUGAAUUUGAAAGUGGAUGAAAAUAGCAUCGUAUGGCCGGGCAGGCAGACGGAAAAACCCGAAGGGAUCGAAAUUCCCACGCAUUUAAAAGUUUUAACCAUAGAAGAGAAACCGUUCGUUUACGUGAGAAAAUUGCUCGAUCCUCAAGAAGCUUGUACCCCAGACGAGAUCGAAUGCCCCCAUUUUAACUCCACCGAAGACGUAUCUAAUAUCUAUUGCUGUAAGGGCUACUGUAUGGAUCUUCUGAAGGAACUGUCUAAAAAGAUCAAUUUCACUUAUAGUCUUGCGUUAUCUCCAGACGGUCAGUUUGGCAACUACGUUAUCCGUAAUGUAUCAGGAACUGGUAAAAAGGAAUGGACGGGCUUGAUAGGUGAACUUGUAGCCGAUCGAGCUGCUAUGAUUGUAGCUCCUUUAACAAUAAACCCAGAGCGAGCUGAAUUCAUCGAAUUCAGUAAACCGUUCAAAUACCAAGGAAUAACUAUAUUGGAAAAAAAGCCAUCGAGAUCAUCUACUUUAGUAUCAUUUUUGCAACCCUUUAGUAACACUUUGUGGAUCUUGGUGAUGAUUUCUGUACACGUAGUGGCUUUGGUCCUAUAUCUCUUAGACAGAUUUUCACCUUUCGGAAGGUUCAAAUUAGCUAACACUGACGGUACAGAAGAAGACGCUUUGAAUCUCUCCAGCGCGAUAUGGUUCGCUUGGGGGGUGCUUCUAAACAGCGGCAUUGGGGAAGGUACACCCAGAAGUUUCUCUGCGAGAGUAUUGGGAAUGGUUUGGGCAGGUUUUGCUAUGAUUAUAGUAGCUUCGUAUACAGCCAAUUUGGCAGCUUUUCUCGUUUUGGAAAGACCGAAGACGAAAUUGACUGGAAUAAACGACGCAAGGUUGAGGAACACAAUGGAGAAUUUAACUUGUGCUACCGUUAAAGGAUCGGCAGUUGACAUGUAUUUUAAGCGACAAGUCGAACUGUCAAACAUGUAUAGAACUAUGGAAGCCAAUAAUUACGAUACAGCCGAGAGCGCCAUUAAAGACGUCAAAAAUGGAAAAUUGAUGGCUUUUAUUUGGGACAGUUCCCGACUUGAAUUCGAAGCGGGUCAAGAUUGCGAACUGGUUACAGCCGGUGAGUUAUUUGGUAGAUCCGGUUAUGGUAUUGGAUUGCAAAAAGGAUCUCCUUGGUCUGACGACGUGACAUUAGCUAUAUUAGAUUUUCACGAAAGUGGAUUUAUGGAAAGUCUAGAUAACAAAUGGAUUUUCCAAGGUAAUUUUCAACAAUGCGAACAAUUCGAAAAAACUCCAAACACUUUGGGUCUUAAAAACAUGGCGGGAGUUUUCAUAUUAGUCGGUGCCGGUAUAGUGGGAGGAAUCGGUCUAAUUAUAAUCGAAAUGGCCUAUAAAAAACAUCAGAUUAAGAAACAGAAAAGAAUGGAACUAGCAAGACACGCAGCUGAUAAAUGGAGAGGAGCCGUUGAGAAACGUAAAACACUUCGAACGUCUGCUACAACAGUUCAACGACGUAUAAAAUCCAACGGGGUAAACGAGGCUGUAACAAUUUCCCACGUUUACGAUAAAUUUCAGCGUAAUCCUCCGUACUAUGGCGCCGAAAGGAAUUGGCCAGGUGAAUCUGACGUAAGACAGAGAAGAAUCGAUGACGGUGGUGGAGUGCAGCCGGUGCCGCGUUACUUGCCAUCUUACACGCAAGAUGUUUCGCACUUGAUUGUUUGAAAUUAAAGGGAAAAAUUGAAUAAAUUAUUACUUUUAUGUAUUAUGAUUAUUAUUCCAUUGAGCUGGAAGUAGAAAUAAUUCUUGUCAUUAAUACUUAUAUAACAAUGUUAUCAUUAUGUCAAUGUACUGUUGAAUUAAUAUUUGUCUAGGUAAUAAGUUCAAUAAAUGGAUGUAGUAGA